GUGUGAUGUUUAUAAUGCUCGUUGGAUGUUUAUUUCCACGCACAAGCUUGGCCAUCAGAUUUGAAAUAUUUCACAUUCGAUCAAAAACUGCACGAUGGUUGUAGCAAUUUCAAUAAGACCUGUGAAAUGUGUGUUAUUGGAUAUUUCCGGUGUAUUAAAGAAUGGUAAACAGGCGAUUCCAAAAUCGGUGGAAGCAUUUAGUAAGCUUCGAGCAUCUGGAAUGCCAGUUAAGUUAGUUACAAACGAAACCCAAGAAACAAGACGUGCUCUAGCAUCUACUUUAAAAUCACUGGGUUUCGAUUUGCAAGAAAAUGAUAUAACUCUCCCGUGCCCAGCCGCCGCACGAUAUCUCAAAGACGAACGUUUAAGGCCAUAUCUUCUUGUCCACCCAAAUGUUCGUGAAGAAUUCAGCGAUGUCGAUCAGAACUCGCCCAAUUGCGUAGUAGUUGGAGAUGCUGGCCAGAAUUUUACAUAUGAACUCCUGAAUGACGCUUUUCGAGUGCUACUUAAUGUGGAAAAACCCAGAUUGUUUUCUUUAGGACGUGGGAAAUAUUACCGAGAAGAAAAUGAAUUGGUUUUAGAUGUGGGAGCAUUUGCCACGGCAUUAGAAUAUGCAGCCGGCGUGAAAGCAGAGAUAGUGGGGAAGCCGCAAAAAGAAUUCUUUGUGUCUGCUUUGACAGACCUGAACAUGACUGCAGAAGACGCUGUGAUGGUGGGGGACGAUGUGUUGCAUGACAUUGGCGGGGCCCAAAACAGUGGGCUUCAGGGUGUGCUGGUGAGAACUGGCAAGUUCAGAACAGGCGAUGAGAAUCAUCCAGAUGUGAAACCUGAUGCUAUUGUAGAUGAUUUAGCAGAAGCAGUGGAGUUAAUUUUAAAUUCAAACCGUCUAAAAUAGCUUACAUGAAUUGGCAAACUUAAGUUGCCUAAGAACUUACUAUGUAGUUACUCCUUUAAAAUCAGUAAUUUAUUUUCAUUGUUUAGUUGUAACUGCAUGAAGGGCCAUCUAGA